AUGAUCGCAGAAGCUCUAACUGAGUUCAAAGCCAUAUGGUAUAUGGACACUUCUAUAGUAUUCACAAAAGGAGACCUGAGUCACGUUCACGAGUUGAUCACCUGCCGGAACCACGUGUCUCAGCGCGGCUGGAACGUCGAGCAAUGGAAGGAAGCGGUGGCCGAAUGCAGAAAACCGGGAUUUCUUAUGACAGCAUUCACUGGUCAUGGUAUCUACACAGCCACAGCCCCUGAAAUCUACGAGUUCAUUCCAACGAACUACAAGGAAAUUAAAAAAUUCAAAGCGAAAAUGUACGAAUCUGGACUGACACUUGUAGUGAGAACAAAUGACACCAUGGAGGACAUCCUCAAA